CUCCUCUGGGGGUCUCUGCGCAUCUUCACAUGAACUGUCUCUGGCAAGCAGGUGCACAAGCUCUGGGGCCCUUGGGGUAAUUGAGCGUUCAGCCCCCUGUCAGUAUCAGGCUCGAGAGCCAGGAAAGCAUGCCAGAUGAACGCCAGUCAGUAUCAAGCCGUGGCCACUGGUCACCUGGGGCACCCUUCCUCGGCUGGUCAAAGCUCUGUCGCUCAGUGACGUCCUCCAGACGUCCUCCCGCCUGUCCCCUCUGCACCUGUAGCGAUUACGUUGCAUUAAGGGCAGCGUGUCCUAUCCAACCAUGUCCUGUGAGUGAAACGGACGCUUCUGCCAGAUCAAUUCCCCUUCUGUCUUGUACCCCCGGAUCUUCUCAGGAGGCUUGGGAAGGACUCGGCAUAUUUAGGGAGCCGCUGAAGGAGGGAGCAGGAGAGCAAGCUCCCUUUUCAUGUUUGGCAUUUCUAGAAAACGUUCUGGCAAGCAUACAUCACUUGCCUGUGUGUAAUUUCAUAUCACUCUAUUUCCCAUGCGUAGAAAUGAGCAGUAUUGGUCCCGUGGACAAAGUGACAGCACUCCGCUUAGCAGCAAGGUAUUGGCCAACCGGAGGCCACCCCAGGGACUGCAGAAGUACAAGAAAACCUUAGAGGAUGCAUUCCCCUGCACCCAGAAUGGGGCUGUGAAAACUGUGCAUGCUCAGUGGCCAUACAGUACUAACUUAGUCCUGUUAGCGGGGCCGAAAAUGUAGCACCAGAUGAGAGCGGGGAUGUAAUGUGAUGCAGUAUUCUGAAAGAAGGGCUGGCCAGCACACUCGACUGUGCAAUGCACGAACUGGAGGCCUACGCUGGUGUUAUCAGUGCUUUGCGGGCGCAGGGGGACCUCACGAAGGAGAAGAAAGACCUCCUUGGAGAGCUCUCCAAAGUGCUUAGUAUUUCAACUGAGCGACAUCGGGCUGAAGUUCGGAGGGCAGUCAACGAUGAGCGGCUGACGACGAUCGCGCAUAACAUGUCCGGGCCCAACAGCUCUUCCGAGUGGUCCAUCGAGGGCCGCCGCCUGGUCCCGCUCAUGCCACGGCUGGUUCCCCAAACCGCUUUCACCGUCACGGCCAAUGCCGUUGCCAAUGCAGCCCUCCAGCAUAACGCCUCCCUCCCUUCCCCUGCUGAAACAGGAAACAAGGAAGGCGAAGUGGUGGUGUGCUAUUCCUUCACGAGUACCACCUCCACCCCAACGUCCACCCCGGUCCCCAGCGGCAGCGUUGCCACCGUGAAGUCCCCCCGGCCUGCCAGUCCCGCUUCCAACGUGGUCGUCCUGCCGAGCGGCAGCGCCGUUUACGUCAAAAGUGUGAGCUGCUCGGACGACGACGAGAAGCCCCGCAAGAGGCGCCGCACCAACUCCUCCAGUUCCUCCCCCGUCCUCCUGAAAGAGGUCCCAAAGGCCACCACGCCGGUCACCAAGACCAUCACGGUGCCUGUCAGCGGAAGCCCCAAGAUGAGCAGCAUCAUGCAGAGCAUCGCCAACUCCUUGCCGCCUCACAUGUCCCCUGUGAAGAUCACCUUCACCAAGCCGUCGACGCAGACAACCAACACGACGACGCAGAAGGUGAUCAUCGUAACCACCUCUCCCAGUUCCACCUUUGUCCCCAACAUCCUGUCCAAGUCUCACAACUACGCAGCUGUCACCAAACUCGUCCCAACGUCCGUCAUCGCCUCGACCACCCAGAAACAGCCGGUGGUUAUCACUGCUUCCCAGUCCUCUCUGGUCAGCAGCAGCACCACCGCCGCCACCACCACCACCUCCGCCACCACUGCCGCCGUGGGCUGCUCCACGCCUUCCUCCACCCCCAGCACAGUCGCUGUGACCACCGUGGUGGCGUCGACGCCGUCGGUGGUUAUGUCGACGGUGGCGCAGGGCGUCUGCACGUCGGCCAUUAAAGUCGCGUCGGCCAGGCUGCCUUCCCCCAAGAGCCUGGUGGGGACGCCGACCCAGCUCCUCGCGCAGCUCCCCAAGCAGCAGCCGGCGCAGCAGCCGCAGCCCCAGCAGCCGCCCGCCCAGGCCUUGCCGGUCACCCAGCCGCCGCCGCCGCCCCCGCCCUCGCAGCCGUCUCCCCUGCCGCCUGGCAUCAAGCCCACCAUCCAGAUCAAGCAGGAGUCAGGUGUCAAAAUAAUCACUCAGCAAGUCCAGCCCAGCAAAAUCCUGCCCAAGCCGGUCACGGCCACCUUGCCCAGCAGCAGCAAUUCCCCCAUCAUGGUGGUAAGCAGUAACGGGACCAUCAUGACGACCAAGCUGGUUACGGCUCCUGCUGGGACUCAAGCAACAUACACUCGUCCAACAGUAAGCCCCUCCAUCGGGACACGCGUGACCGGCACUCCCGGUGCAGCCACUUACGUGAAGACCACCAGUGGCAGCAUCAUCACGGUUGUACCCAAAUCACUUGCCACGCUGGGGGGCAAGAUCAUCAGCAGCAACAUCGUGUCUGGUAACUCCUUGAUGAAGACCUAUUUCCAACAAAAAGGAACGACCACCAAAAUCACCACGAUCCCCGUGACGUCCAAGCCCAACGUGAUCGUCGUGCAAAAGACGACUGGAAAAGGCACCACCAUUCAAGGUCUUCCAGGCAAAAAUGUGGUCACAACAUUGCUGAAUGCAGGCGGAGAGAAAACCAUCCAAGCAGUGCCAGCUGGAGCAAAACCGGCCAUCAUCACUGCCACCCGGCCCAUCACCAAAAUGAUUGUCACUCAGCCAAAGGGGAUUGGGUCUGCCGUCCAGCCAGCCACCAAAAUCAUUCCGACCAAAAUUGUGUACGGGCAGCAAGGAAAAACGCAGGUCCUCAUCAAGCCAAAGCCGGUGACCUUCCAGGCCACGGUGGUGAGUGAGCAGACGCGGCAGCUGGUGACGGAGACGCUGCAGCAGGCGUCGCGGGUGGUGGAGACGGGCAACGCUCUGCUGCCCGAGGUGAAGGAAGAGCCCCAGGCCUACCUGGACAGCAGCUCCUCUUCCACGGAGUCCUCCCAGGGCUCUCAAGAUUCCCAGCCUGUGGUUCAUGUCAUUGCGUCCCGAAGCCAGGACUGGUCUGAGCAUGAGAUUGCUGUGGACUCCAGCCCCACCCUAAUCUACCAGGAUGUCUCCAGUGAAUCCCAGUCGGCCACCUCGACGAUCAAGGCGUUACUGGAGCUCCAGCAGACAGCAGUAAAGGAGAAAUUGGAAGCCAAGCCAAGGCAGCCAACGAUAGACCUGAGCCAAAUGGCCGUCCCAAUCCAGAUGGCCCAGGAGAAGCGGCACUCCCCAGAAAGCCCGUCGAUCGCCAUGGUGGAGUCAGAGCUCGUGGCGGAAUACAUCACCACUGACUCAGGAAGACAGCACUGUAUUCCUUCACAUUCGGAAGAAUAUCUCCAAAACCACAUAGUCAGCCACCGCUCGCAGCCCCACCAGCAGCCCUCGCAGCCCCAGCGGACCCUGCUGCAGCACGUGGCCCAGUCGCAGACGGCGACACAGACGUCCGUCGUGGUGAAGUCCAUCCCAGCGUCUUCCACGGGCGCCAUCACGCACAUCAUGCAGCAGGCGCUGAGCAGCCACACGGCCGUCACCAAGCGCAGUGAGCAGCUCAGUGCGGAGGAGGGCGAGGUGGAAGAGAUGGACACCCUGGACCCCCAGACGGGGCUCUUCCACCGCUGCGCCCUGACGCAGGUGCAGAAGCGGCAGAAGCUGAGCCAGCCGCACCCGGAGCAGACCCAGCUGCAGGUCAAGGCCCUCCAGUGUUUCCAGGCCAGGCAGAAGCAGACCUUCCACCUGCAGGCCGAGCAGCUGCCCCACAAGCUGCCCCAGAUGCCCCAGCUCUCCAUCCGGCACCAGAAGCUGGCCCCGCUGCAGCUGCCGCCGCCACCACCGCCACCGGAGCCGGCGCCGCCCAAGUCGGAGGCGCAGCAAGCCGCCCACCACGCUGCCGCCCUGGCCCGCGAGAGGCAGCUGCCCACCCUGGUGGCCCAGCCCCAGCAGACGGUGGUCCAGGUGCUGGCCGUCAAGACCACGCAGCAGCUCCCCAAACUGCAGCAGGCGCCCACAGCCCAGAAGAUCUACGUCCAGCCCCAGGGCCCCGUGCAGCUCCCUGCUGCUUCCGAGAAGCCUCCGGCAAGCCAGGUGCACCAGCCCAUAAUAACCCAAGGAUCCUCUGUUACAAAGAUAACUUUUGAAGGGCAUCAGCCGCCCACCGUGUCCAAGGUGGCCAGUGUCAGUGCGGUGCCCAAGCUGGCGCCACCGCUCCCGAGCCUAUUUCCCGCCCAGGGGUGUGCGAAGACGGCGGUAGCGGACAUUUUGAAAAUGUCCAUGAUGGAAGCGCAAAUUGACCCAGGCGCAGACCGUGUGCUAGUGGAUCUUCCGAGCAGCAAGGCCUCUCCCCCAGGUCACCUGCUGAGCGAAACAGACUCGUCGCCUGCCUCCGUGCUGAGGGUUGCCACGGUGGGCUCAGCUGUGGCCGCGUCGGUCCUCCAGCAGCCAAAGCGCCUGGACGUGGCUUCCAGCCCGCCAGGCGUCGGGCCGCCGUUGCAGGAGCAGAAGCAGGCCAUGGCAGCUCCCGCCACAGCCAGCCAGUUCAUCCGCAUCCAGAACGUUGCCCCAAAGAAGUCGGAGGAGAUUCCUGCCGAGAUCUUAAUCCAGACGAUCCCGCAGUAUUCCGUCGCCUGCCACUCCACUUCCAACGUGGUCGUGGAACCCAGCGGCCUCCUGGAGCUCAACAACUUCACCAGCCAACGCCUUGAUGACGAGGAGACGGUGAUGGAGCAAGACAUGGACAGCAGCAACGAGGAAGGAACAGAGCCCAGCCCAACGCAGAGCUCCGAACAAUCAUAGCGCUUCUGGGAUGCCAGAGUGCACUUUAAAAGCAGCAGCAGCAGCAGCAGCAAGAUCUUGGCUGUGCCGAUCCAAAAUGUCCUUGUACUAUCCCUUUGCAGCACUUUGCCUGUCAGAGGUGUUUGGACCUGCCACUUGUUGGCACGGUAGCGGGACGGUAUCGGCCAGGUGGGGUCGCAGAAUGGUUUCGGAGGGAGGCGGCAGUGUUGCCGUGCUGGAGUAAGCUUAUGACGGCGGAAUGUAUUUUCUUCAAGCAAAGACGACGAAGAACACGAGGCGACUGUAUUUUGUUUUUUAAUGAAAGGUGUGUUGAAGUUUUGUUUGCUAUGACAUUCUGGACUGGCUGCUGCACCUUUCUCAGUGUAAAGAAAAUAACAAGCAACCCAGAUUGCAAACCCAAACCGUGUUUGCAGUUAAAUGAAUCUUUCUUGCAAGAAAAGGUUUGUAAUUUUUAAAAAGAGCAUCUUAAGUCUCUCUGGAAAGAAACUCAAAUGGUAUAUUUUCAGUACUGGGAAGUACCUAAGAUGUUCCAUGUUUGACAAGGUGGGGUGGGGCUUCCCUGCACUGAUGCAUCAUUUUUGCUAUUGCGCAAUUUAAGAAUUGGUCUUUAAAAAAAAAAACCCACACAAACCCAAAUGGCAUUAUCCAGGAAUACUCAAAACCAUGGGAGAACAGCACUGUGAAGAGAUGCGCCUAACGAGAUACUGAGUCACAUUUCUGUUCCUGUCAUGCACACAAGAAAAAGACUUCAUAGUCUCACGUUAAUUGAGAAUUUUUAUUUAUUUAAAUAUAAAGACCGAAAGGGAGAGACGGGAGCUCACACUCGUGGUCCUGUUAAACAGGUCCGGUAACUUAGACGCAACUUACCUAAACAAAACGCUUUAAUGUUUAAGCUGCAGGAGGGGAGAAAUGAAAAUCAGCUGAAAGCAAACGGUUCAAAACUAGGGCAUUGGAAGUCUGAGUUUACAAACUGAUGUGGCUUGUGACAUUCAGAAUUUUUUUCUUCCUUUUGUUUUUAAAGCAAUUUUAAUUAUGACUUGGGGACUUUACAAAUUUAAAUUGCUGCCCUUUUUAUAGUUUAGGGGGGGUUGUUUUGUUUUGAGAUUACCUUUCUCAAACCCUUUUGGUUUGCACAAGUUAAUAUGGUGGGGUUUUGCAACAGGUAAAGCAACCAGAUUAAAACAGAAACAAUCUCUUGUACAUCUUGGUAAUAAAGACAUUGCUUUUUUAUAUAAAAAGAAAGAAAACUGUAUAUAGGAACAAGUUUUUAACUCUUUUGUAUAGAUUUCAUUAUAAAUAAGCAUUUUAAGAGUUUUGAUGUAUCCUGUAUAUACACAUAUCAGUUGAACUGCCCAUUUUUGUGUUUUUUUGGUGCUGAAAUACUACUUUAAGUAGAAAUUCUCUGAAAGCUCUAAUACAAUUUGUGUCAAUCUUUUCUAAA